GCAGUUUAAGAAUUAUAAAUGUUAUGAACUUUAAAAAAUAUCAUUGACGUGUUAGCAUCAGCCAGGAUCUCAACUGGAUCAAAGAGCCAGGUAAUACCUGUGUCCCAGGAGGAACGAAUAGAAAAUAGACUAUGGUCUAUCUCUGACAGGUUGGGCAGGUGGAGGCAGAAGGAGGGGUCCAGAAAGCCCAGGAGGCUGCAGCACCCACUGUCCUGGAGCCUGGGGGAGGGGAGGGACUGUGGCUGAGCCUCUUCUCCUCGCCCCUCCCCCACCCCAGGAGCCCUUUAUGAUGAGGAGGACACAGCUCUGUGAUGCAGGCCUGGGCCCUCCUCCCUACCCCCGGAGAGAACUCUCAGGGCUCAGUUGCCUGAGAGCAACACUGCGAUUCAGAUGAUGGAGAAUCUUCUCGGUCCUCUGAAAAGCCUUAGCGCCACAUGGCUGAGCCCCAGCCACACUGCCUUUGCGAUGGAUAUGAUCCUCGCCUUUGUGGGUGGAGUGGGGCUCUUCCUUUUGUUACUGCCCUGGCUCCAGGGUGAACCAACCUUACGGCCAUCACCAUCGAGGAAAACUAGAAACAUCAGAAAGCAUCCAGUGCUGAUGAGGUGGAAGAGCAGGAGUAGGAAGAGGACAGGUGCUCGCCUAGACUACCAGAUUUACCAGAAGUUGGCUAAGAAGCUAAUUCCCCUUCAGAAAAGCUUGCAGAGGCUGCUCCCUGGCCAAGUAAGCUCUCAACAGCCCGUAUACCAACACCACCCUGCUGAUGCGGGUACCAGAAUACCUGUCACAGCCUCACAGCCACAUGGGCAGAAAGCAGACCCUGCUGCUCCAUCCCUGGUAGAGGCAGCCCCCUCUCCUCUCACUCCACACCUUCUACCUCUGGCCUCUUCUCCAUCACCAGGCCCAUCAGCAACCUCCUCCGAUUUUGUGUGUUCACCCACACCCCUUACCAACUCUCAAACCCCAGAGCCCCUGCUUCCCCUGGGAAGACUUUCACCCCAGCCACUUGCACUUUCCCUUUCCCCACCACGUCCCCCAGAUCCUGCCACAACCCCACAACCCUGGUGGGACACAAAAGAGAAGCCAGAACAGCAGCUCGGUCCUCAGCAACUCUCAUAUCCCAAGAUCCUGGGGGCCCACUUUUGGCAGAAAUGGACCCAGCUUUUCUGGGGUCUGCCCUCUCUGCAUAGUGAAUCCAUAGUGGCUGCUGCCUGGGUCUCUCAGAACCCUCCCGUUCCACACCUUCCCACCUUCUUAUUCAACAGAACCUCACAUGUUUGCCCAGUUCACAUGCAGGAUAAAAUGUUCCCGCUGCUUCCCCUGCCCCAGGCCCCAUCCUGUCUAGAGUCCCGAUGCCCAUCCCAAUCCCAGCCCCCAGCUCUGGGUCAGCCCCAGACUCGGACCCACCCCCAAUCCUCUCCCCCUGUCCUGUUAGCACCCUCUCCGCCCCUCAGUAGGGGCUGUGGAGCAUCCUGUUCUACAUCCCAUAACCUACACUCACUCAUCCCAGAUGAAAUUCAACACCCAGGAAGGCCCUCGUCGAAGAAACACCUAGAACACGGGCGGACUGUUCCCUCAGCAGUCCAAAGCCCUCAGGAGGGUUACUGUCCCUCCACUCCCAACCUUUGCCAAGGCAAGGGUGCUGCUGCCAUCCUUUGUGAGAGUUUCGCAAUCAGCUCUGAGCUCUGGGAAAAACUAGAGCAACACAUUCGAAAGUGGCACGUUCGACACCAGCGAGACCUGCCCUGCAGGAUCCAGGAGUCUCCAGAACUCACACAGCCUCAGUGUGACUUAGCUCAUUCACCUCAGGUAAAGGACAAACCCGGGCUCUCACAUUCGUCUGUGUCUACAGGUGAAUGCAGCAAGGAUGUGCAGAAGAUGAGGUUCUAGCUGAGGAGGGACUCAGGCAAGAAUGUGGGGCAUAUUCUAGGCAA